AUGUUGCAAGAAGAUCAUCAGAAUGCGAAUAUGAAUAAGAUAAUUUCCAUCAUAAACAAAGCAAUAAAAAAAUGUCCUCAAUAUGAACAGUCCUAAAAUUAUCUUCUCGAAUCAAGAAAAAUUGUAUUGUUUAAUGAAGGUUUAAGGGAGUAAAUCUUAAAGUGUUAAGAUGAAAUAAGAGAACUUUAGAAGGAAAUGACUCAACCUUCUAAAAAGUUAAGAAGAAAAGCUAAUGAAAUUUCAAAAAAGUACAGAUGCUCUAAUUGUGAAAAAAAAUAUGGCUCAGAAGCAUCACUUAAUUUACAUUGUAAAAUAAAGCAUGCUUUUUCAGAAACAGAUUCAAAAACUUAAAUUGAUCACAGUUUUCAAAUUUGA